CUUCGCUAGGCAGCCCCUUCUGAUCAAGCAUGGAAGAGAAACCUUCCAGAACCGGGUUGUCCCCAAAGGCACCCACAGCCACUACAAAACAGCGUGCUCCUCAGAAGAGGAGGGCAGAGUCCAGCAGGAGCACGGGGCCCGCAAAGAAGAAGGCCCGCAAGGCCCCCAGGGGAGCCGCCCCCCAUUUCCUGGUGCACGAGACAGACAAUGACAUGCUGCUGAUCAUUUCCAACGUGGGCGAGGAGCAAGAGCGGCCAACUCGGAAAGUGUCCAAGAGGAAGCGGAAGAAGCCGCGGAAAGGGCUGAAGAAGCCUCAGCAGCGGAAGAGGUUGAAGAAGCCGGCAGUGAGCAGAGGGAAGGGAGGGGCUUUGGCAGAACAGCCCGUGACUGCAGGGAGCCUGGGAGAGGGCAGCAAGGUGUCUCUACCCAGCACCCAUCCAGCGGCCGGUGGGUCCUGGGGCGAGCAACUCCCGGUGGAGAUCCUGGUGCAGAUAUUCCAGCACGUUGUGGCUUCGGAAGGAUCAGUGCCCUUCCUCUGCAGGGUGGCCCGCGUCUGCCGGCUCUGGUACGGAGCUGCUGCUAACCCUGUGCUUUGGCAAAAGGUGUCCCUCGGCUACUGCUGGGCAGCGCCGGGCCAAAAAUGGUCUCCCACUGUAGAGAAGAGAGCCCUUGGCACUGUGGAGUGGUUGGUUGGCCACAGGUUUUCUCGCCUCCGGGACUUUGCUCUCUGCCACUGGAAAAACCACGUGCCCUUUGUCCUGAAGGAAAUUAGUAAAUCCUGCCCCCUCCUUGCCUCUCUCAAAUUGUCCCACUGCAGUGGAGUGACUGCGGAGUCUUUGGCCAUGCUGGCUGAGUGUUGCCCUGAGCUGGAGAGCCUGAAUGUGCAGCAUUCCCAGGUUCACUCUUCAGCUGUGGUCAGCUUUCUUGAAGCUGCUGGCUCUCGAAUCCGGCACCUGUGGUUGACGUACAGCUCCCAAACAAGCGCCAUUAUUGCUGCUCUUUCAAGUGGCUCCUGUCCUGGGCUGCAGCUCCUGGAGGUGAACACAGACAUCAAGCAAGUCAGCCAGCACUUCCAACUUCCUGUUGAGCAGCUCCAGGUUGCCUGCCCACAUAUGCAGGUGUUGCGUCUGCUCAAUGUCGUCUGGAGCCCGAAGACCAGCCCCCGCUCGGCCCCCUGCUCCCGGGGCUUCCCGGAGCUGGCAGAGCUGUGCUUGGCCACCACCUCCUACUCCUUCGUCAAUGACGGCACCGUGCAGCGGAUCUUGUGGGCCUCCGACCGACUCCGCGUGCUUGACCUGCGCGGCUGCUUCCAUAUCACACCCAAAGCCCUGCACCGGCUGCCGUGCCCAGACCUGGAGCAGCUCUACCUGGGCCUGUACUGCAGCACCAGCUACUUCCGUAUGCCCAUGGAAGGGAUACACCUCCUCACCCAGAAGUGGAGCCACAGCCUGCGGGAGCUGGACCUGGCCAGCCAGAGCUUCAGCGAGAGCAGCCUGGAGCGGGCGAUGGCCGCCUUGGCCCAGGGGCAGAGCCAGAGGGGCGGCCCCACCCUGCGCUCCCUCAAUCUCACCGGCACCAAGGUCAUCCUCAGCACAGUCUGCACCCUGAUCGACAGCUGCCCUGCCCUCACCUACCUCAACCUCUCAUCCUGCCGCCAUCUGCCGCGGGGCACAAAGAAGGCCUAUCGGGGCCGGGAGGAAAUCCGCCAGUGCCUGCACCACCUCCUGCCCAGCACCGGGGAGCCUCUCUGAACCUGCUGGGCUCCCGUCUCAGACCACUCGCCCCUUGCCAAGUCCGGACCUGCGCCCUUCCCAGCUGGCUCUUUUGCUCCUCCACCCGGACAGCCGUCCUUCUCCUCCCCUGCGAGGGGUCCUGGGCGGCAGAGAGGCUGAAGGGAAGCGUUCCGGAUGCUCAGCGGGACCCUCUUUCCCAGUUCCUGGUGUCUUUCCUGGCACGUUUAGGUCAGAACG